CACACACACACACACACACACACACACACUCGCUGUCAGUCGUCCUGAUGGAGAAGCUGUCGGUGUGUGUGUGUGAUGAUCCUCAGAGCAGGACUGACGCUUUCAGACCCCUGUGUUCGGUUCCUCCACAUCAGCAGAACAUGGAGAGUGAAGUAUUACUGCGAGUUUAUUGAGGCUGAAAUAUUGAGUUUCAGUAACUCUAAACCCCAGACUGAGAGCAGAAGCGUCGUCUCAGGUUGAACACGGCAUGUGUGGCUCCAGAACUGCACUGUAAUUUCAUUUAGAUGAAGACGAGCUUCAUUCAGUCUGAAGAUCUGCAGCUGAAGUCAUUGUGCUGAAGACGAGGAUGAAGGACAGAAGAUGACGAGGCCUGAUGCUUUCAUUCCUCUGGAGGGCGAGACUGAGGUCACUGCGAGGAGAGGAAAAGCAGUCCUCGUCAGAUCUAAAACGUUUGACCCUUCAUUACUUCUGCAAAUCCAGAGUGACUCUGAACUGAAGUGUGAACGCAGGAAACCGCAGUCUUUCCAGUUUCCCCGCACUAAUUCUCAAUAUCACAAAGUGUUCAAGGACGUCAGUGAGGAGGAGCAGCUCAGGCAGAGUUAUACGUGUGCCCUGCAGAAAGAUAUUCUCUAUCAGGGUCGACUCUUCGUCUCCGAAAACUGGAUCUGCUUCCAUUCCAGAGUGUUCGGAAAAGACACAAAGAUCGCCAUUCCAGUGUCUUCUGUGACCGUCAUCAAGAAAACCAAAACCGCCAUCCUGGUGCCGAACGCUCUGGUCAUCUCGACUGCACUCGAGCGGCAUGUGUUUGUUUCUUUUCUGUCUCGAGACACAACCUACAAGGUCCUGAUGUCCGUCUGUCCACAUAUGAUCGAGGAAACUCCUGGAGUGGCUCAGAGCAGCAUUAGAGCUCAUCAUCAUCAUCAUCAUCUUCAUCAUCCUGCAAUACUGACUGCAGACUUCAGUGCUGAUCUGUCAGAUCUGGAUGCUCCUGAGAGACAGACGGGUCAGCGGACGGAGGACAGCAGCAGCUCAGACUGUCCAGAGGCUCCAGAGUACAGCAAAACACCCAAGUUCCAGAAACGCUCUCAGGUGACGAAACGAGACGGUGAACUGGAUCCACACAUCAAACAAGAGACUGACAGCACUAAAAACCUGCCAUACACUGCAUCAGCCGAUCUGGAGCUCAUGAAGACACUCAGACCUGUUUCUCUCUCUCUGAACACACUGGUGCUGAUCUACCUCUCACUGGUGUGUGUGCUGCUCUUCUCCUCCUGCUAUAUGGCCUUUAAGAUGGUCAGCUGGAGGAGCGGCUGAUGGCUCUGCUCUCCAUGGAGCUGCCACACAAAAGGGAUGGACAUAUGAGCGUGUACGCUGGAGAUUCAGCUGAGGUCUGCUCUGUUCUGUCCGCCUGUCUCCUGAAGCUGGAGAAGAUUCACAGGAGCCUGCAGAGACUGAUGGACACGAUGACGGACUGAUGGAGAGUCUGAGACGCUUUAACUGCUGUCAAUAAACCAUCAUAAUGAGGAAUAAUUGAUCACACGUCUCCUCUGCUGAACCCACUGUUGAGAUGUUGUGUGUGCGAGUGUGUUAAUCAGGUGUGUGUCCUCCUCAAACUGCUGUGUGCGUCACUAGUGUCCUCCACAUCUCCUCCUUCUGUUGUGUUUGCUGACUGCUGUAGCUGUGAAAUACCUCUUAUCAUUCAGCGGAGUGAUAUGGAGCUGUAAUGCGCUCUAAACCUGCCGGAACUACUUUAGCGGUGCCUUUAUCUGACAAUAACCAAACACCAGAGAGUGACCAUCAGCCAAUCAGAAUCCAGCAUUCAGCAGCCCUGUAGUGUAAAUGAAGAACUCAUAUGCAAAAACCUCUAAAAGCCGUCUGAAAUUUCUCCUAAAAUUAGUACUUCUCUCAGCCUCCUACAUUUCUGUUCAGUUAUUUCACUUUAAAUGGAAUGAGCUUUGGGUCAUGACUGAAAGGUUGCAGGGUGGCAGGGUGCACUCUUAUAGAUAGGAUGAGGAGUUCUGACACCCGGGAGGAGCUCGGAGUAGAGCCGCUGCUCCUCCACAUCGAGAGAAGUCAGCUGAGGUGGCUCGGCAAUCUGUUUCG